UACGUGAGAGACUAAUUUACGUUUCUUAACGAAGAGAGUAGAGAGUAGAAACUAGAGAGAUUGGAAGAGAAAGUGAUAAGCUGGAGAACUGAAAUUAAAAAAAGUGGAAAAUAAUAAUCUUCCGAUUCCAAUAUGACGGAGGCGGAGCACAUCCCGGAAGAAAUAGUAGCCAACAUCCUCCGCCGGCUGCCGCCCAAAUCCCUAAUCAGAUGCACCGCCGUCUCUAAAUCAUGGCGGGAUCUCAUCUUAACACCUUCCUUCAUCUCCCUUCACCUCCGCCACUCUCCUCCCCUCCUCCUCCUCCAACUCUGCAAUGAGCGCUCCCACCCCAGCCCCUCUCCCUGCGCCGUCCGCUACUCCCUCCGCCACGACGAUCCCUUCCUCUCCGACUCCGGCUACACCCUCAUCCUCCCUCCUACCGCCCUCUACCGCGAAUUCUCUGUCGUCGGACUCUGCCAUGGUCUUGUCUGCAUCACCGCCGGCCACCACUGUCACUCCCUUGUCAUCUGCAACCCUUCUCUCCGCCGCUACGUCAGCCUCCCCCGACCCCGCCACUACCGUUCUCUCUACACUGCCACUGUUGCCUUCGCCUUUGAUCCUCUCCAUCAAGAUUACAAGGUUGUCAGGCUCUCAUGCAUGGUCGACGAUGAAAGGUAUGGUUUCAGUGCACCCACUGUUGAGGUUUACUCUCUUGCAACUGGGUUUUGGAGAACUUUGAGUGGUUCUACUCCUGUUUGUAGUUUAGCUUGUGUGGGUAAGGAUGCUCCGCAUGGUUUUGUCAACAAGAUUGUGCAUUGGGGUGCACAACGCCGGGAGGGUGAUUACGGAUGGUACCAUUUUGUGCUGUCGUUUGAUGUUGUUCAUGAGGUGUUUGGUGAGGUGUUGCUUCCGGAGAGCUUGGCUUAUGCGCCCGAGGACAGUGUCACAGUCAUUGGGGGUAGGGAGGAGCUUAGUGUGUUCUCCGUUGGUGGGGAAUUUCCCUCCUGCUGUGAAAUUUGGGUGAUGAAGGAGUAUGGUGUUGUGGAGUCUUGGAACAAGGUCUUUAGUUUCACGUUGAGGGGGUUUAGUUUGGAGGUGCCGGCGUGGGGGAUAUCGGUGGCUAAUGUGACUAGUCCACCAGUGGCAUUGUGCAUCAGGAAGAGUGGAGAGGUGUUGCUGCUUAUGGAUGAGACAGGAAAGGGAAACCUGUACUCGCUGGAUAUCGAGAGGAAAAGAUUUACAGAGCUCGGAAUUGGAGGGGAGGGAUACACAUGGUAUCUAUAUUCUGGUUAUUAUGCAGAAAGCUUGGUUUUGCUGAACAAUGUAAGUGGUUUGGUGUCUUACUGAAGAGGUAAUUAUUCCUUUAUACUUCUGCAACACAUGCAGUAGGAUACUAAAUUUCGUAUAUUUAUUAUCUUUUGUACAUUUUGUCAGAAUGAUAGUUGUUAGUUGUAUAGGUAAUGUAAACAAAGUGGUGUAUCUGUCUAUUUGUUGCAUGUAAUAAUAUUGUUCACUAGUAGAAAGCUCCAAGUAGUUAUCUCCUAUUAGAGUAGAUAUGUUAUGCUUGCUUUAAAUUUGGGUAAAAAAGAAUUGGAGCUUGUAUGGUGCUAAAACUUUAUCCACUAUUUUGGGAUGUAACCUCAACUUGAUUCAUAUUGCUGUGGAAUGUUGGCUUCCUUAGAAAAUGGGGGACAGAAGCAAAAGAAAACUUUUUAAGUUUUAACCUCACAAGUCACAGGCGUGCUGCAGACCACAGCAAGAGAGUUGCACUUUUGGCUUCAAAUUUCAGUAUCCGAGUAAAAAACCAUACUCAAUGGAGCGAACAAUGAUUUUUGUUUUGGUGGGAGUAGUCUUUUUCUACUCUUGGGAAAUUACUGAAUUAGUUGGUCAUGGGUUUAAUGGCCCAAUUGAAUAGAGACCGAAUCCAAGUCCAAGAACAGAAGAUGUAUUUAUUUGGGUAAACUUUACUUUUUUUUGUUCCCUUUCUAUGGUGAAGUAUUUGAAAAAUAAAAAAUAUUUAAAAUUUAAUUUGAUUUUUCUUUGGUGACUAAAUUUAAUUUGAUUUAAUUUUUCCUUUUAAUUUACAAAUUCUUUUAUUAUUAA